UAGAAAACUGAUUCCUUCUAGCGGGUCUAGUAGCGGAAAAUAUGAAUAAGCAGUUGGUGGGACAGGUGAAGUUUUUAAGUCCAACUUCCGGUUUUUUCGCUCUCAUCAUUCCUGAGCAGUAACAUAUGUAUUUUACCAACUGCCAGUUGAACUAUCUUGUUCAUAAUAAACUUUGACUUUGUUGGCCUAAGUUAUGUGCAUCAUCACAACAUAUAUAUAUAUAUAAAAUUUCCCUCUGCAGGUUGCUGGAUUGCAUUGCAAAGCUUUUCGGUUAAUCUUUCGAGCUAACCAGCUGACUUCUAUCUGGUGUAUAAAUUAUGAGCUCACAGGGUUUACCUCCUGGAUGGUCUAUGGGAUAUGAUAGUAUCACUGGUUUCCCCUUUUUUAUCGAUCACAUUAAUAAAUCAACUACAUGGGAAGAUCCACGAAAGUCUAAAACUCAAAGUAAUACCAUACAAAAUUUACAAUCUGUCCCAUCUUAUUCAUCUGAAUCUCUUAAUAAUCGUCGACAGUAUAAUCUUUCUGGAAAUGAACCAGUGACCGAUCCUUCUAAUCCAGGAAAUAUUAAAGUAGGCAAUGUAGGAGAUAAUAUUCAACGUAAAACUCAGUCAUAUUAUGAUAAUGUUAGUGAACCAAUACCAAUCAAGGUACAUUCUAUUAGCUCUUCGAAUAACAAUAAUAAUAAUGGUAACCAUCGUGAAUAUGAACAAAAACCGAAUAACUCCCAAGCAACUCAAUCGUCUGAUUCGUAUAAAAUCAAUCAAAAUUCUUCCACUGAGAAGAGUGAAUCAAUUCCUAUCAAAUCUGUUUUUGUUAAAAUUUCAGAUGAUAGUAAUAAUGGUGAUAAUAAUGAAAAUGUAUGUCAACCAACAGCAUUAGAUCCACUCUCUCUUAUAGAACAAGCUCAAUGUGAACUUGCAGAAAUAGAAACUGAGAUUAACGGGUUUACUUCUUCAUCUAAAACAAAAGCAUAUUUAUUACUUGAAGAUAAACUUGAAAAACUUAUGUUACGAUUAGAUAAGAUCAAUUCAUCUGGUGAAAUAUUCAUUAGAAAUAAACGUCGUGAAGUUAUAUUAGCUGUUCAAAAUGCUCUUAAAAAUCUUGAAAAUAAACUAACACAAAUCAGAUCAGAUCAUCAACAGCAACCAGAUAUUAUUUCAACUGAUCAAUCAUCUAAUGAUCAUCUUAAUAAACAAAAUCAUUCAUCAAUAGACUCUAGAGAAAUUCAUAUAGAUUCUAAUGAAGAAUGUCAAAACAAGUAAAUCAUCCUUUAUGAUAUUUUAUCUAAUGUAGUUCAGUUUCUUUCUUGUUUACUUUAUAAUAUUGUUCUGGAUUAUUCUUAUUAUUAUUACCAUCAUCAUGUGAAUAGUUUAUUUAUUGUAUAAAAAAAACUAAUAUGACCAUAAUGAAUGCUUUAAAUAUUCAACAUUCUUCUUAGUUGCUACGAGAGAAAUUUGAAACUUUCCCCUUGCUUUUCAUACAAAGAUAUGAAUGAUUGUAACUUUCGUCACCAUAGUCAAAAGUUGUCUCUCAUAUUUCUGCUUUGUUCAAAUCAAACAUGAAGGGGGGAUCCGGUUAUACUUGGUUCUGAGGCGUUUUUUGAUACUUUUAUUAUCUAGUCACUUUAUGGUAACUUCAUUAAUGUCCUUACACCACAAAAUUCGUCAGACUAAUCGAUUGUAAUUGAUAUAUAGUAGUAACCUUAUUGUGAGCUAUAGUAAGAGGGUUAUGAAUAAUAGAAACAACAUAGUAAAUUAAAAUUAAGCAGUCAAAGUCAGUUCAUUUAUUAUGGAAAAAUGAUUUUUGUUAAUAGGUGGUAGUAAGAGUUUAAAUCAUCUGGUCGUUUUUCGAUAUCCAAUAGGUGCGAGGCAUCCAACAGCUUUGUUCAUUUGGCGGAUGAGUGUCGUAUAUAAAUGAUUUUUACCACAUUUCAUUUGAAGCCCUAACUCACAUCUUAUUCGUUUUUCAUCCGGCAUGUUUAGAUGCACUACACCAAAAUGUGUUCAUAGUAGACAGAUGUGUAAAAUGAAGUCUCCAGCGAAGCUACACUUUCAUGCAAUAUCCACCCAUUAAAUGAGCGGAACAACGCUGGAUAUUGCACACCUAAUAGAAGGUUGGAUAACCUCGUCCAGCAUAAAAAAAAUGACGAAUAUGUCCUAAAUAAAUAUAUGUUAUGUUGUUCCCAUUCGGUGGCAUACACUUAUCAAAAUGACGGUCAUGGAGUAGACUAUAAAUUCAAUAUAUGUCACUGACUAGUUCAUCGAUUAUGGUCAAAUGCGCACUUGUAUUCCCAGUUGAGCAAACGUCGUUUAAGUAUCAUGUGUCCUAAUCAAUGCUGCGGAAGUUGCAGAAUGGAAUUGAGCUUAUUGGUUCAGCAACGAAAUAAUUUAUUGAAUUGUUCAAACUAGGUGUUGGUGCGUUUCAAUGUAUGAAGUACUGAAAAGUCUUUCUCGACUAUCGGCCGCCCAAUCAGUAGAUGAUAUUUCAUAAGGCAGCA